GCAGGAACCCAGCUGGGACAAGGGCCACCACCUUCCAAGGAGAGAAACAGACUCGGCAGUGGCUGGAGAAGGACGGGCAGCAGCACCUGGCGCAGAUACCUUGCUCUGAGGUCCCACUGAUUCUCCCCUGGGACAGAAGGUAUUCAAUAAAUGUUCCCAAUGCUCCUCCAGACCCCUCCCCUCUGCCCUUUGGAGCGAUGCUCUGAUGAGUGUUUGAAUUCUGCUACAGACUGUGUGCCUGUUUAAAGAAUUUCCAUUGGUCUUCACUGGGGCAAAGAUCAAGGCUGCAUGGUGUUAAGGAGCAGCCAUGUCCACCCUGUACCCAUCUCUGGAGGACCUGAAGGUGGACCACGCCAUUCAGGCCCAGGCCAGAGCCACACCCAGGAUGCCCGCUGUCUCCCAGCCUUCAGUUUUAUACCCAAACCUGGCAGAACUGGAAAAUUAUAUGGGUCUUUCCCUCUCCAGCCAAGAAGUCCAGCAGAGCCUGCUUCAGACUCCAGAAGGCUGCCGUACAGUGGUCUCGGGCCCCUCGCCGGGCAUGCUGGUGGCGCCGGCUUCUGGGAACAGCCUGGGCGCGCGACGUGCGGAGAUCAAGCCUGGGGUGCGCGAGAUCCACCUGUGCAAGGAUGAGCGUGGGAAGACCGGGCUGCGGCUGCAGGCCAUUGACCAGGGGCUCUUUGUGCAGUUGGUCCAGGCCAACACCCCUGCAUCCCUUGUGGGGCUGCGCUUUGGGGACCAGAUCCUGCAGAUUGAUGGGCGAGACUGUGCCGGGUGGAGCACAGCCAAGGCCCACCGGGCGGUGAAGAAGACUUCAGCUGAGAAGAUCGUCAUGGUUGUUCGGGACAGGCCGUUCCAGCGGACCGUCACCAUGCACAAGGACAGCAUGGGCCACGUGGGCUUUGUCAUCAAGAAGGGGAAGGUCACCUCUGUGGUCAAAGGGAGUUCUGCAGCCCGCAAUGGGCUCCUCACCAACCACUCCGUGUGCGAAGUGAAUGGGCAGAAUGUCAUCGGGCUGAAGGACAAAGAGGUCACAGGGAUUCUGGCCACAGCUGGGAAUGUUGUCACCCUGACCGUCAUCCCCACAGUCAUCUACGAGCACAUGGUUAAAAAGUUGUCCCCAACGCUGCUCCACCACACCAUGGACCACUCCAUCCCAGAUGUCUGAAGCCCCAGGAAGGCAGCUCGGCCCUCCCCACUCCUGCAGCAAAGGGCAGAGGUCUCCCGAGGAAGGUUGCAGAAGCCUGCUGCCUGGGGCGGGGCUGUCUUGAGUCGGGGAGUGUUCUAGGUGGGGCGACACUGGAUCCCAGGAGUGUGUCAUUACUACACACAGGCCUCCCUGGAGGCUCAGACUCCUAAGGGGCAAAGGCCCCCAGACAGCCGUUCUCUCUGCUGGUUUCCAUGCUGGCAUAUAGGCAGGCUGGCUAAAUAUUGCUCAAAGCUACCGUUGGGUCCUUUUCAAGAUUUUUGACUCUACCAAAAACAGUUUCACAUUUUGAGAGAGCAGCAAUACAUUCUUUGUGAGAACUUGUUUUCCCCAUCACUUGCUCCUUGUCACCAACUGAAUAUAGCUAUGACCCUUCUUUUGAAUAGCGAUUUGAUUUUAAAUAAAAUCCCUUCCUCAAAGGUA